UCGAUAGUUGAACUCAGAAGCUAACCUCAAAUUCUCAAAUUAAAAACAAUAACAAAUAUGAAAAUAGUUUAGUUUUUCACUUAUUUUUGUAUAAUUAAAUGUAUUUAUUGGUGUUUUUAAGUUCAAUGAAGUUAUUCUUCUGUAAUCGAACAAUUUAAGAACAAUGGAUCCGGAAUUUAUAUCAAGAUUGAUACCACAAACAAAAGAACAAAUAAGACCAGCGUGUAAAAAAUGUGGUUACGCCGGUCAUCUAACCUAUCAGUGUCGUAACUUUAUAAAAGUUGAUCCUAACAAAGAAAUAGUUUUGGAUGUGAGCAGUACAAGUUCUGACAGUGAUGAAAACUAUGUCACUCCUUUAACGGAAUUACGUGAAAAGGAAUUAAAAAAAAAGUUGAAGGAAGCAAAAAAGAAAAAGAAAAAUAAGAAAAAGGAAAAGAAAAAGAAGAAAUCACGUAAACGUUCAUCGUCUGAAAGCAGUGAUUCAUCUUCGGAUUCGGAAAAUUCAUCAGACGAGGACGACGACAACAAUAAGAAAAAGAGGAAAAAGAAGAAAAAGAAGUCUAAACAUAAAAAACAUAAAAAACAAAAACACAGUUCCUCAGACAGUGACGAUUGAUUUUGUUUUUAAUUUAGCACUUAUUAUAUUUUAAUUUUUUGACCAUGAAAUUUGUAUUAAAAAAAUCAUUUAUUUUUUUUAAAUGAUUAUUGGCGAAAAUUUGUAUAAAGUUUUUUUUU